UUCAGAUUGUGAAAGGCAGGUGGAGCCUGCUUGCCAUUUAAGGCCACUCAGUCAAGAGGUCAGUCACCCCAGAGUGACUGCAAAGGCAACAAGUCUGGGCGUAUGCUAAGGGCAGAGCUACCAGAUGGGCCCAUUUGUUAUAGCUCCAUUUGCUAUAGCCCCUGCUGGCACUGUCCCCACCAGGCCACAAGUGCACCUUUCUGGGGAUAGCUCAGCUGCAGAGACUGUCCUGUGAGGAGGAGGAAGAGGACACCACAGAAAUCAGUGCUGCACCCAUCAGCAGAUCAAGGCUCCAGGAACCAGGAUCCAGGACAGGGUCUCACUGAGUUGUUUAGUGCCUCACUUUUGCUAAGGCUGGCUUUGAACUUGAAACCCUCCUGUCUCAACCUCCUGAGCUGCUGGGAUUACAGGGGCUUCAGGGCUUCUCUGCUCAGGGACCAGAACCCAAGAGAGGCCAGGAGAGCAGCUGUGGCUAAAGGGCCUAAGGAUUUCAGUGCCAGAAACAUACCCUAACGAGGACAAGGAACAUGGACCUCAGCAAAGAGGUUAUUGGAGUCCCAGCUGGCACUGUGGUGCCUCAGGAGCUGCUGGAAGAAAUGGUUUGGGUUUUUCGUGUAGAAGAUGGGUCUCCUUGGAAUUAUUCCAUCCUUGCCCUGGCGGCUGUGGUGGUGGUCAUAAGCCUUGCCCUCCUGGGAAGGAGCAUCCAGGCAAACAGAAAUCGAAAGAUGCAGCCACAAGAAAAGGUAACACCAGAAGCCCUGCAUUUGGAUGAGUCCAAAACCAAAGAAAACAACAGCCUAAAUAACCUAACAGAGAUGCUGCUCUCAGGAAAUCCAAACUUGGCCCAGGUGGGACCUGAGUUAAAAGAGAAAGAUGUCUCAACGGUCCUCCUUCCAGAUCCAUCAGAAACUGAGAUCCAGUGAGUGCUCAGAGCAUGUGUCAUUCCCCUCCCAGGCUCAGGAUCCCAACCUGAGCUCACCUCAUGGCCUGGAAUGUCUCUGGUUUUAGUCCACCCCACCCCCCCCAGCCUAAUGUUUUCAUUAGCAGAUUCAAUGAGUGAGCUUCAAUCAAAUUAAAAUUUGUUAUUUAAACAAUCUUUUAUUAAAAGGCUUCUGGGAGUGGGCA